UGACCUUCUUCUUCAUUAAUUAGGGUUUUUUUUUCUUCAUCUGUUCGUGCUCUGUUCUGCAAAAACCUUUCCACGUCUCUUUCGUUCGCUCUACACCAUGAGUAGGGCAGGCCAGCCUCCGGAUCUCAAAAAGUACAUGGACAAGAAGCUCCAGAUAAAACUCAAUUCCAAUCGGUUGGUAGUUGGAACUCUUCGUGGGUUUGACCAAUUUAUGAAUCUAGUGGUUGACAACACCGUGGAAGUGAACGGCAACGAGAAAAAUGAUAUUGGCAUGGUGGUGAUCAGAGGCAAUAGUGUUGUCACCGUUGAAGCACUUGAACCUGUAAACAGAAUGCAAUGAUGGUGGAUGUUGAAAUUUAGCUGAAUCUGUUUAUAGAUUGAGCGGGUAAAUCGUUCGGAACUGUAGUAUGUAUAAUUUUGUGAUGUUAUGGAUUUUAGAUGGAAUUAUUGUACCCCAUUCUGGACAGGCGGAUUAUAAGUUCAAACAAUAGGAUUUCUGUAUUAUUGUGGGAGAAAUUCAUUGCAUUUUGUUAGAUCUUCUC